UGUUUUGAGUUUGGACCUCAAUGCGAAUGAACUCAUCGAGUUUUUUCAUCAUUGAUUUAUUCUGUUUCAAAACAAAAUGUUUCAAUUCGCAUUGAAUUCUACAAGAAGGGCAUUGAGCGCUCCAAUACAAUUAGCACUCCGGUCAACGCAACGAUUCUAUGUCUCGGCUCCGAAGAGAUUUUAUAAAAACGCUGGCGUUCUCAGCUGUGAUGGUAAAUAUGAAAUCACAUUGGAUAAUAAAAAACUGAAGACACCAAGUGGCAGCGUAUUUCAAGUUACGAAUGAACCUUUGGCUAUUGCAAUUGCUGCUGAAUGGGAUUCUCAAAAGGAGGUUAUCGAUCGUUCGAAAAUGCAUUUGACCACAUUAUGCAAUACUGCCGCAGACAAUCCGAACAAAUUGAUGAAACAAGAUAUUGUCAACUAUAUGUUAAACUACAUACCCACGGACACCAUUCUUUAUCAUUCACCCGAUAUUGAAGAUUUGUAUAAAUUGCAAUGCGCCGAAUGGGAUCCAAUCAUUGAAUGGUUCAAUGAACGUUACGAUGCUGAUAUUGCAAAAAGUUGUGACAUCACACAGCCAAAAAUUAGUUCAAAAACCAGAAUGAAUAUAAGCAAACAUUUGCUUUCUUAUAAUGAUGCUACGAUGCAUGGAUUCCUCUAUGCAGUCGACACAUUGAAGUCGAUUAUUUUAACAUUGGCUUGUGUGGAUAAACGAAUAUCUGUGGAAAAGGCGGUCGAAUUAUCGAGACUCGAAGAGGAAUAUCAAUUGAAAUUCUGGGGACGUGUUGAAUGGGCUCAUGAUUUGGGCCAACAAGAUACACAAGCCCGUUUAGCCGCUUCGAUUCUUUUCAUUCAUUUUCAUUCGAAUGAACAUAUAAUCAAACAAAAAAUACCUGCUGAAUAAAUAAAAAUGUGUUCC